AUGUUUUUGGCGCGUCGUGGGGUCCUGCGUGGGAGAGUGGUGCAGCAUUUGUUGUUGAGCGCUGGCAGAGGCCCCAGCACCAGCGGAGUCGCGGCAGGAGCAGGGGGGGCACUGACGGUUGCCCACCACGUCCGUGGCGCCGUCGUAGUGCAGCGGCGACUGCAGUCUACGUCCAGCGACGACGGGGCAUCGGAUGCGUUAGCGGCGAAGGGUGGCUCGACCUCGUCGUUGUCGGAGCCGCAUAGUGCCGCGGACGCCGCAGCACCGGCGGUGUCCCGGCAGGAGGCGCUGGAAAACUUGCUGGAGGAGAUUCAAGUUGUGUUGAGCCGCCCAGUGCCGAUUGGGGCUCUUUUUCGCGCCCUUUCCCCCACGAGUCGCAGGACGCUGGCAAAGAACGGGGAACCGCUGGAGCAGUUGCUGCUGCGCUACCCGCAGCACUUCACCGUGUAUCAGCAGGGCAGCGCGCGGAACAGGACGAUUCACUGCUCCCCCCCGCAUUUGGUGCCAGAGCAUGCCCGGCGGGUGAUGCUUGAGGAACCCCCUGUGGUUGCGGCGGUUCCCGCGGCCUCGGCGUUGUCCAGAACAAGCAGAGAUAUUAAUGAACGAAUUUUGCAACAAGACCCCAUUGCAGAGAGGCAGCAAAAAAUUAAUAUGGUACUGCAGUACAUCCCGAACGAGUGGUCACCCUUUACAGAGCUUGGCAUACCGGAGGAGGUGAGGGUGAAAUGCAUGGGCAAACCGAAUGUAAAGGCUUUUCAUUACUUUGAGAAGUAUCCACAGUACUUUGAGGUGCGGCAGCAGGGGGUUUCAGAUCACACUUUUUAUGUGCGCCGUUCCUUGGCUCUGCAGCGACGCACUGAGAAACCACUCUGA